ACCACCCCCAAAGCAAUGGUCAAGCAGAGAGGGCCAACCAGGGGGUGGAGACCAUGCUGCGCUGUAUGGCUGCACAACAGCCUAACUCCUGGAGAGAUCGAGGUGGCAACUCCUUCCACCCAGGCACACCUGAGACGAUGCCGCAGAGUGUGGAGGUCCGCCCAUGCUUCCCUAUUGAAGGCGUCUGUUAGGAUGUGUCGCAAUGCCAACCGGCGGCGCAUCCCGGCUCCCGACUACCAGCCCGGACAGCAGGUCCUGCUUCGGGCCAAGGACCUCCACCUCCCGAUUUCCUCCCAGAAACUUGCACCACGUUUUGUUGGACCUUAUACGGUCAAAUCGAAGAUCAACCCUGCUGCUGUACAAUUGGAUCUUCCACAUUCCAUGAGAUCUCAUCCUGUCUUUCAUGUCUCCCAGGUCAAACCUGUUGUUAACAGUCCCCUAUCCCCCCCCACCCCCGCUCCUCCCCCUCCUAGAGUCCUCGAGGAUGGGGACCAAGUCUGGACCGUCAAGGAGAUCCUCAAGGUUCGGCGACAGGGGAGGGGUUGGGUCUACCUUGUGGACUGGGAGGGUUAUGGUCCUGAAGAUAGGUCCUGGGUACCGGCCUCUUACAUCGCCGACCCCUCCCUUAUCAAAGACUUUUACAGAGCUCACCCCGAGGCACCCCGAAGCUCGCCGGGAGUCUCGCGUAAGAGGAGGGGGGGUGCUGUUAUGGGUCACACUCCUGCUUCCUCUCUUCCUGCUAUGUCUCCUCCUGCUGGGCGUCCGGACAAGCACACCACGGGCCACUCCCACAUGUGCUCUCUCUCCGCUGUGGGCGUGCCUCCUCGCACCAGCAAACACUCACCAAACUACACACCUGCCUGUGAUGAGCGAGCUGCCUUCAAGAGCAGACGCAGCCUGAGAUCCGACGCGAGAACGUAGCUUCACGUACCCAGUACACCUCCCGCCAUCCUUCCUUGUCGUCGAGUUGUGUGUCUCGUCACCUUGGACCUCCCGUGGAUUUUCCCUUGCCUUCCUGGACAUCGACCUCACGCCUGCCUAACGACCACGAAACCAAGCUCCUGCCCUUGACCAUCUGCCUGCUCCCCGACGUUCGAUUCCGCCUUGCUCCUUGCUGGACUUCCGCCUGGAUCCCAACACGCAUCCUCAACACCCUCCGGCAACCAUACUCAGAUA